CCAACUUCGUUCUUCUGUGAGGGCCCGACGCGGGAGUUUCCCACUUCCACAAAAAUGCCCCUAACUGCUAUGCUGGCCCAGUAUCUACCUGUACGGCUGUACCUUCUUCCCUCUCGUUUCCGCGAGACACAGUCAAUGGAGUAAGAAGUUCGACUCCCCUGUACAGGAAAGUUUGCAGCUUUUUUUUUUAAGAAGGAAAGAACAGCAGCAAGGAUUGGUGUCUAGCUUCUAGUUUCAUGUGUUUUUCUUUCCUCGAGUUUUUUCAGUGUAUGUCUCUGGUUACUAACAGAAAUAGAAAUUCAAUUGCCAAUGUCACAGUUAGGCUUUGGUGCGCUUUUCUUAUACUUCUUUUGCUUCUCCAUCUUAAGAACCUCGGCCACUACGCUAGACAUAAUUAACCCAAUUCAAUCUUUAAGAGAUGGAGACACUCUUGUUUCAGCUGGCAGAAUUUUUGAACUGGGAUUUUUCAGUCUUGCAGACUCUAAUCGCCGAUACCUAGGAUUAUGGUACAAGAAAAUAUCUCCUCGGACAAUUGUCUGGGUAGCCAAUAGAGAAACUCCUCUCUCCAAUACUUCAGGGUCUCUAAAUAUUACUGCUCAAGGAGAUCUUGUACUUGUCAAUGGCACAAACGAUAAUUUUUGGUCAUCAAAUACAUCAAACAUAGCAAAGGAUCCAGUUGCAGAGCUCUUGGAUUCGGGAAAUUUCGUUGUAAGAGAUGCAAAUGAUAGUAACCCAGAGAACUUUCUGUGGCAGAGUUUUGAUUAUCCUGUCGACACAACACUGCCUGGAAUGAAACUUGGUGUCAAUUUAGUAACGGGUCACGAGACGUUUUCGUCAUCUUGGAAGAGCUCAGAAGACCCAGCUUCAGGGCAAUUUUCUGUGCACUUAGAUCUUGGUGGGUAUCCGCAACUUUUUCUCAAAAAGGAAAAUAGAAUACAUUACAGAGCCGGGUCAUGGAAUGGCCUACGUCUCACAGGGACUCCUAAUAUGAAGCCUAAUGCUUUCUUUAGUUAUGAAUUUGUAUGGAAUGAUAAGGAGGUGUAUUUCAAGUAUGAUAUCCUGAAUGAUUCUAAUUUAGUCAGGUAUACAAUAUCUCCGUCGGGCCUAUGGCAACGCUUCUCAUGGGAUGAAAGAGCAAAUGACUGGGUGGUUAUUGCUACAGCCCAGACAGAUCAGUGUGAAAAUUAUGCAUUCUGUGGGGCAUUUGGUAGCUGUGAGAUAAAUAAUUCUCCAGUAUGUUUAUGCCUAGAUGGAUUCAUGCCCAAAUCUCCCAGAGAUUGGAAUAUGCUAGUUUGGUCAGAUGGGUGUGUUCGGAGAACUCCACUAAACUGCAGUGAUGGAGAUGGCUUUCUGAAACAUUCAGGGAUUAAACUGCCAGACACAUCAUCUUCUUGGUUUGACCAGAAAAUCGAUCUUGCGCAAUGUCGGGACUUGUGUUUGAGAAACUGCUCUUGCAGUGCAUAUGCAAAUUUAGAUGAAAGGGGAGGUGGAAGUGGAUGCUUGCUUUGGUUCGAUGAUCUGAUUGAUAUAAGAGGAUUAGCUGCUAGCGGCCAAGACCUCUAUGUAAGGGUGGCUGCUUCAGAAUUAGAGAAAAUUGAGAAGAAAAGGUCCAUCAAGAAGAUAUCAGGAAUUGUCGCUGGUAUUGUUGCAGUGAUCAUCAGCAUGCUAAUAGUGUUUUGCAUAUGCAGGAGAAAAAUAAGAAAAUAUGGAAGGACAAAGAAAAAUAGCAGAAAAAAUGAUGAAAGUGAAGGCAAAGAAGAAGAAAUGGAGUUGCCAUUGUUCGAUAUGAACACAAUAGUAGAUGCUACUAAUAACUUCUCAAGCAGCAACAAGCUUGGCGAAGGUGGUUUCGGAUCUGUGUACAAGGGUACAUCAAGCGAGGGGCAAGAAAUAGCAGUAAAGAGGCUUUCAAAAAGUUCUGGCCAAGGACUGAGGGAGUUCAAAAAUGAAGUGAUAUUAAUUGCUAAACUUCAGCACCGAAACCUUGUAAAGCUUCUUGGUUGUUGCAUUCAUGAAGAUGAGAAGAUGUUAAUUUAUGAAUACAUGCCCAAUAAAAGCUUAGACUUCUUUCUUUUUGAUCAAACAAGGAGGAGAUUACUAGAUUGGCAUAAGCGCAUGCACAUUAUUGAAGGAAUUGCUCGAGGACUUGUUUACCUGCACCAGGAUUCUCGACUCAGAAUAAUUCACAGAGACCUAAAAGCCAGCAACAUUUUACUUGACAGAGACAUGAAUCCAAAAAUUUCUGAUUUUGGGCUUGCAAGAAUAUUUGGGGGAGAUCAAACUGAGGCCAAAACAAAAAGAGUGGUUGGAACAUAUGGCUAUAUGUCUCCUGAGUAUGCAGUGGACGGACUCUUCUCUGUGAAAUCUGAUGUUUUUAGCUUUGGUGUCAUGGUUUUAGAGAUAGUGAGUGGAAAGAAAAACAGAGGAUUUAAUCAUCCAGGCCAUGAGCUUAACCUCCUGGGGCAUGCAUGGAUCCUAUGGACUAAUGAGAAACCAUUGGAACUGAUUGAUGAUUGUCUAACAGAGUCGUGUGUUGCAUCCCAAGUUGUAAGAUGCAUUGAUGUGGCUCUACUGUGUGUACAAAAACGUCCGGAAGACAGGCCAAACAUGGCUUCAGUGGUUGUGAUGUUGAGUAGUGAGAAUUCAUUGCCUCAGCCCAAACAACCUGGUUUUUUCACAGAAAGGACUCCACUUGAAGCAGAUAAUUCAUCAGACAAGCAUGAAGGUUACUCUGCUAAUGAAGUUAGUUUAUCAUUGUUGGAAGCUCGAAAUAUGUGCUGCUCAGAUAUCUACCAAGCAAAUGAUCCAUACACUCAACAAUGUACUGUACGAAAACCACAACGAAAAAAAAAAAGGGAAACAAGUGUUCAUCUUGCAGCUAACAAUGUGAUGGUGAUUUCAUUUGCUGAACAUGUAUCAAUCUUGCUAGAUGAUGAUUCUUGCUCGAAAACUUUCCUUUCAGUGAAAAAACCAGGCUCUUUAGGUUCAGGCAAUGCAAUCUCACUACUUAACAUCAAUACCACAGUGGACAUGUUAGGCCUGUCGUCUGGACUCUGUUGCACACAUAGUAAACCAACAUGGAUGCAACGCAUAGCUUCAGAUAAAAUGCAAGAAUCAUUUAAAGAUUCAUCCAUCAACUCCGAUGAUUUCUCUUCUAAAUGCAGUCUCCAUGCCUGUAAAUUUUCGGAAAAUGAUUAAUUACAUUAUGCAGUUGACAAAUGAAAAUUUGAUGUAACAAUGUUGUUGACACUUACAUGGCCAAUAAGGUUGUGCUUGUGGUCUGGAUGAUAGAAUCCUCUGUUUCUCUUCCCACUGAUUAUCUCUAGCACUAACACACCGAAACUAAAUACAUCUGAUUUUAUCGAAAAUAGACCAUCGAUUGCAUAUUCUGGAGACAUGUAACCACUGCAAAGAGUUGCUUAUGGAAGUUAAUAAUUUUCGAGUACUAAUAGAUUGAACUUAGAUGCGUUAGUUCUGAACAGACUUACUAAGUCCCGACAACUCUUUUUGUGUUUCCUUGAAUUUCAUUUCCCCCAAAACUCCUUGCCAUGCCAAAAUCUGAAAUUUUUGGGUUCAUAUCGAUGUCGAGCAAUAUAUUACUAGCUUUUAGAUCUCUGUGGAUGAUUCUCAAUCUAGAAUCUUGAUGAAGAUAAAGAAGUCCGCGAGCAAUCCCAUUAAUGAUGUGGAAUCUCAUGGGCCAAUCCAACAAUUUUCUCUGCUUUUGAUC